AAAUAAAUAACGUAAAAAUAGAAAUGAGUCAUAGAGUCAAUUACACAUUACAGAAAUAAGUUAAAUGUUGUAGCGUUGUAGAAUAUUUGUCGUCUGCUGAUGUAUGUAAAUGCAAAGCAAUGGGAAGCUGAAAAAUCAACUAUGUUUGGAAAUAGAGAUUCGAGUGAGUUUUACUUUUUCUUUAACACAAGAAAAGGUUGGGAAAAGUGAUAAGCUAAUUUGUGACUUUGUGUGCUUUUCAUUUAAAGAUGGAUACUAAAUGUUAUGUUGAGGGUUGCAAAUCUGGACAUGAACCAUGCAAAGAAACAUUGUACUUUUUCAAGCCAAAAGAUAAGAACACUGAAGCUUUGGAAAAAAUGUAUAGGUCAAAACUCAUUAAGACCUAAAGCUGGAUACAAUUAUUCAUUUAUUUUGUCUCAAAAUAUCAAAGGAUGUGUCAUUGUUAUUUCUCUUCAAUGUUUAACUCUUUGUUUAUUUUUGUUUGUGUUUGAUGUAGGAUGAGUGCCAAAUGCUAUGUAAAGGGUUGCAAAUCUGGAUAUGAAUCAUGCAAAGAAAAAGUACAUUUUUUCAGACCUAAGGAAGAGAAAACAGUACACCUUUGGCAGAAAUUUAUUGGUCGGAAUGAUCUGAAACUCGAAAAGUUUCACUCAGUUUGUCACAAGCACUUUGAUGAUGCAGAUAUUGUAAAAACAACAACUGCUCGGGGUAAAGAUAGACCAACAGUAGUUAGUGAUUCAUUACCUUGGCGGCUUGUAGGUGGAGCCAUCCCCAAACAUUAUCUUGGGAACUAUGUGCAACAAUUUAGGAAAAUUGCUGUGAGGCCAUUGGCUCUUAAGGAUGGGGCAACUACUACUGUGCCUGAAAUCAUUGUUUUUUAGAUGAAGAAAGAACGAAGUGAUGAACCUAUUCUUCCUGAGAGAUCUCCAGGUGUUCCAAAGAAAAUCCACAGUAACAGAAAAUAAUCUCUAGUGCCAUCUUCAUCACCAAGGCUGCAGUUAGAAAAAAAUAGUUGUCAAAACAUUGAAUGAUGAGAUCAGAAAUACCCCUCAAAACAAGCAACAGUCAUCAAUUAACCAAGUUUUGCAACAAAGUGUCAGUUCACUUAAUCAAGGUCCCUCGCCACAGGUUUCACAACAAGAACUAAUAUUAAGACCUAUUUUACCGACUGCUGAAGAUUUUGGUCAAGUCAAACUCGCUGUUUCACGCCGGGAAUUGUUAAACCCUAAAGAAGCUAUCCUUCCUCCAUCAUGGUCCUGGCAAGAAUGUUUUCUUCAGAAAAAACAAUUGAUUUGUUCCAAGUUUAAAUGGCUAGAUGAAAACAACUUCGAGUACACCAAGUCCAUAAUAGUGGGCGAGUACGCAUAUGUCAGUGAUAUGAGUAUUUCUACACAUACUGUUCGUUAUUUCGUCCGAGGUCGACAAGUUUUCCCCAAAACUCUCAAGUAUCAAUGCUCAACGGUCAGUGAAGUCACCACGUUAUUGAAGUUUUACGACGACAUUCCAGAGUGUCUCGGCUAUUCUGAUCCGAAAUUACUUGGAUCCUCACCACCUUUAAAUCCUCCGCAUACUAAUCGGUCGAAAAAUUGUCUGUUGCUUGCUUCGGAGAGAAGCAAUUAUUGCACCGAAUGUCUAUCAAUAAUGCCUCAAACAAUUAAACGAAGCUUAGUGAACAACAGCAACAACAUAUCCAAUUCAAGUAAUCUUCCUUCAACAAAUGUAAAUGUUAUUGGACCGUGCAACACGAUAACUCCAGUUGACCUAAGCGCGGACCCACCUCUGAUACCAAUCGACAGUUGUAAUAUUUGUGAAAUCGGUGAGGACGAAUUGACCGUCGAAAAUAGACCAAAUGAAGAUUAUCGUGGCGACGAUCCGAGUGAACCAAACGUCCAGAAUCAUGGGGGAUCGCAUAGUGAACUCAGUGACUUGGAAAGUGAAGAUUCGUCUAGUGUUAUCAUUGAAUCAGAUAGUGAAUACUCACCGUAUGGAAUUGUGGAGUCAGACAGUGAAUAUUCGCUAAAUGGAAGCAGCAGCACUGAAAAUGAAAUUGACGUAGAUGACGACGGCGAUUUUGCUUUGGCGCAGUGCUAUUUGCAGAAUGAAGUUAGGAUAAAACGACGAUUUCAAAGGAAAUAUCUGCGGUAUUCAUGGAUGCUCAACAAGAGCAAAGAAAUAGCUCGUUCAAUUCUAAAGGCAUCGAAAGAACUUGAGCAGAAAUGUCGAAAUGAAACACUAAGGCUCCCAGCUACCAAGAAAUCUGGCCGUAAUUUUUCAGCAUUUGUUUCUUUUUUUCUGAACUGUAAUCCUUGAUCAACUUCCAUGAUAAAGAAAAUUUAUCCCACCUGAGAAGUAAUGCUGUUGGUUGCUGUAAUUCCAUGAUUGCGGUUUUUCAUCAUGAACAUUUCAGU